AUGGGUGAUGCUGACAGACUUGUUAAAAUGGAAAUCGAUUACUCAUCGGUAGUCGAUCAGAAGUUGAAAGAAUGCGACGAAAUUAUGAAGGAUCCAUCGAAAUUAAACGAUGCUCUUGAACGAUUGUUACCACUGGAAAAACAAACCCGUACCGCGGCUGAUGCGAUCUCAACAGGACGUGUUCUCGUUGCCAUUGUGAAAUACUGCUAUGCAGGAAAACAAUGGGAACUUUUGAAUGAACACAUCGUGACAUUAUCCAAACGUCGUAGUCAAUUGAAACAAGCAAUUACAAAAAUGGUCCAAGAAGCUUAUGAACUCGUAGAGAAAACACCGGAUUUAGAUACAAAAUUGAAACUAAUCGAAACACUUCGCAAUGUCACAACGGGCAAAAUUUUCGUUGAAAACGAACGUGCGCGAUUGACAAAAAAAUUAGCGGAUAUUUACGAAAGUCAAGGCAAAACCAAAGAAGCAGCGGAGAUUUUACAAGAACUUCAAGUCGAAACUUAUGGUACCAUGGAUCGACGUGAAAAAUUGGAAUUUUUAUUGGAACAGAUGCGUUUAUGUUUGGCCAAGAACGAUUAUAUCCGAACACAAAUCAUCUCGAAAAAGAUCAAUACAAAAUCGUUUGAUGAUGAAGCAUCACACGAUUUAAAAUUGAAAUAUUACGAGCUAAUGAUCGAGAUGGAUUUACACGACAAGAACUAUUUCAAUGUUUGUCAACAUUACAAGCAUUAUUAUGAAACACCGCGUAUCAAACAAGAUCCGGAAAAAAUGAAACAAGCUUUGAAAUAUGUUGUACUCCAUUUGGCUCUAUCACCUUACGAUAAUGAACAAUCGGAUUUCUUACAUCGAUUGUUUCUCGAUAAAAAUCUCGAACAAAUUCCAAAAUACAAAGAGUUGUUACAACGCUUCAAAACUCAAGAACUUAUUCAUUGGAAGGACAUUCAAAAGAAUUUUGAACAGGAAUUGAAAAAUGGCACAGCUGAUGACCGCGCAACGAAUGUCUUUACUAAUGAUGACGACGGAAAGAAACGUUGGGAAGAUUUUAAAGUUCGCGUUGUCGAACACAAUAUGCGAAUUAUGGCCAAGUACUAUACACGUGUUCGCACACAAAAAAUGGCGGAAUUACUUGAUUUAACCAAAGAUGAAGCCGAACAAUUCUUAUCAAAUUUAGUUUCGAAUAAAACAAUAAGCGCGAAAAUCGAUCGCCUUCAAGAUAUCGUGACAUUUCAACAAAAACAAUCGCCACAAGAAAUUCUCAAUGAAUGGUCGGUCAAUUUAAAUUCCUUAAUGACAAUUAUCAAUAAAACAUGCCAUUUAAUCAAUAAAGAAGAAACAGUUCACGCUGUUCGAUCAUAA